AGAGAGCUUUAGGAACUUAUACCUUCUUCCGUGGACCAGUAUAAACUGAUAAUGUUCAAUGGAUUUCCUUUAUUCCUAAGUUUCCCACUGAAUCCCAGCUUUUCACUGAAUGACUGGUUGGUUGAAGGAGCAUCACGAAGUGCUUGUCAUUUUCUCAAAUCAUAUGCAUAUUUUUUCCCCAAGGAUUUGAACCUGGUACCACUUUUGGUGGAGAAUCAGUUACCACUUACAUGUGACUUUUUCCUCAAAGCAUGUAAUUUGCAUCCUCUCGGUAUGUUCUUAUCCCUGCACUGCAGCAUUUUAAUUUUUUUUCAAAUAUUGCGUCCCUACAUAUCAAGCAACAUUAUAAUUCCGUGCGCAUUAUAUACUCACGUAACCACUAUGUGUGGUUCCAAAUAGCAUAAGUGCUUCCCCAAAAGAGUGUUUGUUUCAUCUUUAGAGAUAUCAACUCUUAAGACCUUAUUACCUUAAUUUCCUCAAAACACAAGGAAGAAAAAUGGUUGUGAUGGAUCUCAGAGAAAUGAAGAAGACCUUCGGUUACCAUGUUCUCACCGGCCGUUGGUUCAUGGUCUUUGCCUCUUGUCUAAUCAUGGCAGUUUCUGGAGCAACCUAUAUGUUUGGUUUAUACUCAAACGAAGUCAAAGCCUCUUUGGGUUAUGACCAGUCAACUCUAAACUUGAUAAGCUUCUUCAAGGACCUUGGUGCUAAUCUCGGAAUUUUCUCAGGUUUAAUCAAUGAGAUUAGCCCUCCUUGGGUUGUACUAGCCAUGGGGGCCAUCAUGAACUUCUUUGGUUACUUCAUGAUAUGGCUCUCUGUCACUGGACGCAUUGCAAAACCCCAAGUUUGGCAAAUGUGUCUAUACUUUUACAUUGGUGCUAAUUCACAGUCUUUUUCAAAUACUGGUGCACUGGUCAAUUGUGUCAAAAGCUUCCCAAGAAGCCGUGGCAGUGUUAUUGGACUUCUCAAGGGUUACGUGGGUCUAAGUGGUGCCAUUUUCACUCAAUUCUACCAUGCCUUCUAUGGUGAUGACUCAAAAGAUCUUAUCUUUCUCAUUGGUUGGCUUCCUGCUGCUAUUUCCUUCCUUUUUCUUCCUACUGUUCGGAUAUUGAACAUAGUACCACAACCCAAUAAGGAGCUUAAGGUUUUCUACAAUCUUCUAUAUAUUUCACUUGGUGUUGCUGGGUUUCUCAUGGUGUUGAUUGUCCUACAGAACAAGUUGAGUUUUACAAGGAUUGAGUACGUUGUUGAUGGCAUAGUGGUUCUUUUCUUACUUCUCCUCCCACUUGCUGUGGUAUUUAAAGAGGAACUCAAACUCUGGAAGACUCAAGACAAAACCUUAAAUGAAUCAGAUGCUUCUCGAUUGAAAUUAGUCACCGAAGUUCCACCUUCAGUUAUGGAAUUGCCUCAGCCAGAAUCACAGGCAGCACCAGCUUCCACAGCCACCACAGCUUCCAAAGUUUCGUGUUUGAGGAACAUAUUCAAACCCCCAAACAGGGGUGAGGACUAUACAAUAUUCCAAGCUAUGUUCAGCAUUGACAUGUUGAUUCUGUUCAUAGCAACAACAUUUGGUGUUGGAGGAACAUUAACAGCACUUGACAAUUUGGGACAGAUUGGGAACUCAUUGGGAUACCCAAGUAAGAGCCUCACCACCUUUGUGUCCUUAGUGAGCAUAUGGAACUAUCUAGGACGAGCACUUUCUGGCUUUGUCUCUGAAAUAUUCUUAACCAAAUACAAAUUCCCACGUCCUUUGAUGCUCACUCUAGUUAUGCUUCUUUCUUGUGUUGGCCAUCUUCUAAUAGCCUUUGGUAUCCCAAACUCUCUUUACUUUGCUUCUGUGAUUAUUGGGUUUUGCUUUGGUGCUAUGUGGCCGUUAAUGUUUGCAAUCAUAUCUGAAAUAUUUGGCCUCAAAUACUACUCCACAUUAUACAAUUUUGGAGCCGUGGCAAGCCCUGUUGGGUCUUACAUACUGAACGUGAGAGUGACUGGUUAUUUGUAUGAUAAAGAGGCUUUGAAACAACUGGAGAUGAAGCGACUCAUAAGGCAAAAAGGGGAGGACUUAACUUGCAUAGGAGUACAGUGCUAUAGGAUGGCUUUUUUCAUAAUCACUGCAUCAACGUUGGUUGGAUGUUUUGUUUCUUUCAUUUUGGUGUUAAGGACCAGAAAGUUUUACAAAGGUGACAUUUAUGAGAAGUUCAAAGUGGAACUAGAGACACCACGGACAGAGAAGGUGAAUGCCAAAAGUGGUGCUGUUCUGUAUGAAACUGAAACUCUUGUAACCUUAGGCAGCACUGGGGCCUCUACCGCCACCACAACUGGCAUGGAAGAACCGGAUAAAAUCAGUAGAAAAUGAUGUGUAUCUGAAGAUUGUUUGGUUUGCAAUGGUUUGAGUAAAAAACUUGGCUCUUAAAACUUGUGUAUACCAUGAUUUUACAUUUUCAAAACUAAAGCAAUCAUGCAAUUACUUUGCAUCAAGAAUGAUGGACUUUUAUGGGAUAUAAAUUAUAUUAUAAACUUGCAUUUAAUAGGCUUUAUCUU